UGCGGGAGUCCCAAGCAAGCAAGAAUGGCGCCGACCGAGCCUGGAGCGAAGAAAGCGGCUCUUUCCAAAGCUCCACGGAAGGGCGGCUUUGCUGGGCUUUCUCGCGCGCGCCUUGACAUCUCUUCAGGGGCCUUGAGGAAGGGCUGAGGCCGGAGCUCCCCGCUGCCCUUUCAUCGUGCGCUUCUCUGCGUGUGGUGGUUGCUGUGGGGGAAGGCUGGCUGGGUCGUGCGGAUCAUCGCUUGACGUUGCCGUCAGAUGGAGUGAUGAUGAACAUGCGUGGGCGAAAGUCGCCCUCGGUGGCCUUGGCUAAGCAGAUCCAAAGUGCGGUCGCUCAGCUGCCUUAGUUACCCCAGUGGCUCCUUCUCUCAUUUGGGGGUAGGAGGUGGAGAUGCUCGUAAUCAUUUUGCACAGGCCAUAUGGAAGAACAGUGGCAACAAGAACCCUAACCAACCUGCUGCCUCCUUGUACAGGCCUGGUUCCCUGAAUUUAAAUGUUAGCUUCGAAGUGCUGAGCAAGCCACUCUAGGAUGCUGCCACAUCAGUGUGCCCUAUGUAUACAAGUUGCUGGAACGUGCCAGCUGUUGCUAUGCAUCAGAUUUAGGUGCAUCCAUUCAACCUGCUGACUAUAGCUAGCGCAAUAUUGGCUGCCUGUCUUACUAGGGGGACUGAGUUUUACUAAUGUGUACAAUAUUUUUGAAAUCGUUAACAUGUGGGCUACUGAAGUGACAUGUCAUUCUGCUCUCCAUAGGAAACACAUUUUUUCUCCUUGGCUUGAAGAGGAUUUAAAAAAAUAAUGUAUCCAGUGCCUGGGUCUAUGCAUGGAGCAGGAGGAGACAAUGGACAUCCUAGAAAACUGAUCUCUUUCUUGUUUGUUUUUGGCAUUACCUUGUUAUGUGCUGGAUUUCUGCUUUCAAUGUUUGUUUUGCAGACAUGUCCAAGCGGAGCUUUUGGUGACUGUAAAGGAGCCCUGAAAAUCAUUGGGCCACUGCUAGCAGUUGUUGGACUAGUCUGCAUAAUUCUGGCACAAUCAAGAGCGAAGGGCUACCUCAGAGAGGUGCAGCUGCAAGAUGACCAGGUGUACGGGUUUGUCUUUUGCCGAGGAAACUGCCAGUUUGCGCAGUUCCUUGUCUUUGGCUUUUUGUUUUUGACGAGCGGGAUGCUUAUUAGUGUCCUUGGCAUUUGGAUUCCUGGCUGUAGCCCAGGGUGGCGCUACCAACAAUUUAACCAGAGCAAUAUGUCUGAUGUUGAACUCCAGGACUGUGGAUUUCACUCAGUUCAAACCAUGGGCCCUUUGAUUGUGCUGAUUGGGUUAUGUUUCUUUGUGAUUGCUCACAUUAAAAAGAAACAAACCUUAAAUCUCGUCCAAGAGUCUUCUGUAAAUGAAGAAGAGCAACUGAGUCCCGAAUCGUUUCAAGUCACAGUAGGUUUCCCCCCCAUAGGUGAUACUAUAAUGGUGUUCCCACCUCCACCACCACCUUAUUUCGCUGAGCCUCCGUUGCAAGCAAUCACCCCUAGCCUUGUGGCAAGUGAUUUGCCUUUAGGUGAAAAUCCUCCACCGUAUCACAGCACUUUUAACUGGGCACAGAAUGCUGAUGUAUCACGUCCAGUUGCCUGAAGAGAAACUAAGCUGCUGUAAACAAUGUAAGGAAGUGAUUCACCUUCUGAGACUUUAUCUGUUCUCUGUUUCCCCUCAGAACCACCUCAAAAAUACAAAGCAAAAGAAGGAGCUAUAAAUAAUAAUUGUCUUGUCUUCUCCCUGCAAUACCCAGUUUACUCAUUGCCAUCCACUUCAACUGUAAGAAAUGCUCAGAGCUAAAGCAAAAUGGAUAGGAGAGGAAAUGUAUAAAAUGAGGAGAAAAAACAAUAGGAAGAUAAGCUGGAAGAAGGAUACAUAAGCCUUAACACACCUGGGCUUCCUUAGUAGUCAGCAGCACAGAAAGUCCCAAAGGCAAAGCAACAGAGGAAACUGCAGCAGAAGCCCUGCCAAACCAAGACUUCCAUAACCAGCGAAGUCCACAGACAACCCAAGGCAAGGCAAACCACUGUGAGAAACUUCCAUAAAUGUAUCCAUGAUAAGGAAGAUCCCCAAACCUUAGUAGCUCUCCGUUUGGUACCUGUUGUAUAUGUGUAGAAUACUCAGCCACUAUCUGGACAAAAUUCUAAGGCACUAUGGGUAUGCACGAACCAAAAAACCCAGUUCAAAUUCAAACCAAACUGUGUUGCUCUGAACUGGUUUGGUCGAACCGGCCGGCUGGCCUGGUCCAUUUAUCGAACCAGUUCGGGUGGUUUGGGUGAUCAAUAUACUUGUAAAGGGGAAUCCGCUGAGGCAGCCAGCAGCCACACCGGCUGGGUAAGCAGCUUUUUACCUCUUUCGCUGCGCCACACAGCCACCCCUUACCAUGCCGAACCAGUUUGCCAGAACCGGGCCUGGUUCCGUUCAGUCACAGACCGAAUCAUCCCCAGUUUGGUCCGUGAUCAAACCUCCAAACCGGCCCCAGUUUGAGGCGAACCAGUUUGGCACGAACCGUCCAUGCACAUCCCUAUAAGGCACACACCAGUUGUAGGAAGGAGACAUUUUGAGUGGAUUUGUAUUACCGUUUUCCUUCUUUGGGGGCUGUUAACAAACUUGAAAGUAAAGCCAAUGGUAACCUGAGAAACCAGUGGAAACACUGAGUGUUUUGUGUUUGGGCAGACCUUCACAUUCCUACAUUGUGAAACUGUAAGUGUGAAAUUUAAAUGUAUUAAAUAUUGUAGUACAAAAACAGCG